GUUUUUCGAAGCGAGAAAAAUAAUUUCCAUAGACAUAAAGAGUUCAUCAUUUGUGUCAGGUUGAAGACAAUCGAUUACCAUUUUGUAAAUGAAGUAUUCACUUUACUAAUAUGUUCUGCAAUCUCAUAUUCAAGUACAUACGACUGUCUCAAUGAGUAAGAAAAUCAUACUUCUGACGCUUCGCGACAACGUAAGCUACCUCUUCAGAGUAAACAAAUGAAAGAAUUUACCUACUCGUUCUCUCGUUGAAUACAGAAUAUUCAGUGAUAAAUCAUGUUUAUGAUGAUACUUCCAUACGGCAAUUUAUUGUUUAUUCUAGGAAACCACAUUGGAAGUAAUGCAUGCUAUGGUUGAAUACCUUGGAAUGAAGAACAUUGAAGGAAUCAAUGUGAUGAAUAUUAUGCAACAUGAUGAUCGUAUAACGGUUGUAUCCACAUAUACCAAAACAGUGCUUAUACUUGUUACAGUACAAAUAUCAGUAUCAUUUGUCAUCAUAAUGCUCUCGUCAUUACUGUAAUUUAAACAACUAAUAAUAAUGAUAAUAAUAAUCGUCUUUAUGUAGUGGGAUGGUUGGUCAAAGUGGCGAGCAAUUGAUACCAUCCGUUAUUGUUGGUUUAUUGCUGUAUGUUAUGUCAUUUUUAUAUUACAAAUCAUUCAUUAUCUUCGUUCAACAAUUCACUUGAAUAUAAGAUGGUGAUUUAACAUUUUGAUUAAUUACAGGGUUAUCUAUUUACUUACUAACUCUUGUUACUCCCAAUUGAGUAAAGGCUGCCGACCAGCAUUCUCCAAUCCACUCUGUUCUGUGCCUUCCCUUCUAGUUCUUGUUCAUUGUUUUCAUAUUUGUCUCCGUUACUCGGCGUAAUGUGUUCAUUGAUCUACCUCUUCUCCUUAGAAUUGAGGAUUCCGAGUGAAGACUUGCCUUGUGAUGCAUUGUGGUGCUUUCCUCAAUCUGUGUCCCAUCCACUUCCAGCACUUCUUCCUGAUUUCUUCCCCCACUGGUCUUUUUGUUGACCGACGUAUCCGAUGUCUUUUACGCAUAUGCAUGCGUAACACAUAUCCCUGCCAUCUCACCUGAUGAAGUUUCACUACUUUAUCGAUUGCUUUGCCAUCCUUACCUUGUUCCCGUUUUUAAACAACUGCAUUGCUCACUCAGUGGUAGCAGGAUAUAUGUAUAUGUACAUACCGUGCGUAACAUCGCGCCAUCAAGUCUAAGUAGCUAAAUGAAUAACGCAAUAACGUGUAAAGAGAGUGAUUCUGGGCUCGAGUCCCAGAUUGAACAUCAACACUUGUAUGAAGGUACACCGAACUGAUCACUCUCAAAUAGGACGAAACGCGCGUCAAACUGAAUUCCACUACUAGCCACCAUCCAUCUUUGCUUACAAUGCUUGUGAAUUAAGGCAAUAUCGAUGAAGUGCUCACAGUAAGCACACAUCGCAAUAAGAGACUGAUCAAUUGAAAUGCUAAACAUCAAUGGGAAGAUACAAGGAAAUAACAAUACUAAGUGAAUUCAAUCAAUCAUCAAUGAUAAUUAUUAUCUAGGUAGAAUGAUUACGAUGUAUUUAUGUCAAGGAUGAACUGGAUAGUUUCAAAUAAAUUGAACAUUGGCUAGAAAGUGUAAUAUUAUUGUUAUUAUUAUCCCAAACAAUGAGUGGAAAAAUCGAAAUUUUGAUGUUCCGUCACCCAAUAUAAGCCACUUCUUCAGUGUAAGUAAAUGAGCCUGACGAAAUUAACUCAAGAUUAAUUAGUACAAAGAACACAGUGCAGAAUAUAUUUAGUACAAUUGAAAUCACAUCAGACGUGAACAUGCCAUUUUCUAGUGGUACUGACAACAAUAAGCCAUUCAAUAAUGUAACCUAAAAAUUGCUGUUCUGAUUGUUAGAACAAACAUCGGCCUCGUGAAUUCCGAUGGAUGUCGACUCCCAUCAUGAGUCAUCAUAAUUUUUGCUUGAGAUCGGAGGUUUAUUCUGGUUAUCGUUUUCUUGUAGCAAAGUUGUUUUCUACAGGAUAGGGUUGCCGAUUCCACGCACAACCUUCUUAUCCCGGAAUUCAGAUCGGGAUGAGCCCUACAAGAGCUACAGUCAGAGUUAAUCAUGUUAUGCUCAACAGAUAUUUCUGUUUUAUUUUGUAGUUUAGUUGCAUGUGUGAUAACCUUAUUGAUUGCUCUCGUGAAGAAGAUAAAUGAGAACUAUCCACUGAAUGUGGCGCUUGUAAUUAUUUAUGUAAGAAUUUCUGAUAAUCUUUUCACAUUUACUUUGUUAGUCUGUUUAAUAUAAUUCAAUAUAUUAAAAGGUGUGUAAAUGAGAGUAAGGGUACAGCUUUAAGAUAGUAAUCCGAUGUGACUGGUUGUGAUGACACCGAAGAGGCUUGCGACAGCGAAAUCCUGACUGAUCUACAAGUUGAUUUAAAUCGUCGAUCUGUUGCGAUAGAUAUGCCAGACAUUUCAGCUCAUUCUCUCGAUUUUCUCUCACAUGGCCACGCAUAUAAAGCCUAUGCUGGUGAAACUCUACUCACUGCCUUCUCGAGGCGCGGGAGUUGUCUACAAAAUUGAGAGGACGAAGUCAAAUGCCCUUUUGAUCUCACAUAGUUGGCAGGUGAAUUCGAAGUCCCAUGGGCUACAGGAUCCAGAGAGAACGAUCGGCGUAUGAACCAAUCGUUGUUCACCGGCUAGCAUGAGGCUGCAUCUCCCGAUGUUCUUCCAUUGCGUUGUGGAUCCAACCUUCAGGUUGAAGGCAGUAUUGUAACCCCGACACAAAUCAAGUUAAAUGUAUGGUGAAUAUGUAUUCUGCGCCCCUUUGUACCAAUAUUUAUGUUUUCAAAUAAAUAAAUAGUAAGUAAACUAAUUAUGUCAAAUUUGAAAUAGUCAUUUUCGGAUCCAGAGGUGUAUGAGCUAAUCGAUGGUCACCGGCCAGCAUGAGGCUGCAUCUUCCAAUGUUGCUCCACUGCCUUGUGGAUUUAACUCUUAGGUUGAAGGCCCCGAGUGUGGUUCCAUGAGAAAACCACCUUCUUCAGUUUCGGCAGUCCUGCAGUAUCACAACCCUCACACAAAACAAGUGAAAUAUAUGGUGAAUAUGUAUUCGGUGCCCUUUGUACCAAUAUUUAUGUGUUCAAGUAAAUAAAUAGUAAGUGGACUAAUUGUGUCAAACUUAAAAUAGUCAUUUUCGGAAAAUGAAUUUAUAGCUUCAGUAAACAUUACUGUCAGCAUUCAUAUACAAUACUAGCACAUAUGAAUGAAUAUGUAUUCUAUUGGAACUAUAAAAUUCUUUCUCAUUUUCAGUCUAUCUGCAUGGCAACAGCAUUCGGAGUUUGGAAUGCACAGUUAGAGGCUAUUGUCAAAUUUGUAGUCUUUGUAAUCAGUUUGGUAUUAUUCACAUGUGGAUUACUGAUUGGUGCAGCGAUUAAAACAGAUUUGGCAGAUCAAUUAAUGAGUAUUUUAAUAUCAUUUUCGGUUAUAUCUGUUGUCAUUGUGAUAGUCGCGGUUGUGCUAAGUUUUUGGAAAGAUUACAAGGUAUUCUGGUGAACUAAAUUAUUUGAUUUCUAAAUAACAUUAACCUGAUUGAAUCUAGUUUACUUUCACAAUAAUGAGGAAUGUUCACCAUCAUAUUCUUUGAUAGUUCUAAACCCUAAACUGUUCACUGUAAUCUAUUUAGUAAGUAACCAACAUCUGUUAACAUUUGAAUCCUGAGUGAAAUCGAUCAAAAGUCCAUAGUGUUAUGUUAGCUGAACUUGUAAAUUGAGAUGAUAUGCAGGGUAUUCGGUUCUUGUGAUUGAUAUAAUGUAGUUCUGUAGUCUUAUCCUUGAGAUGGCAGACCUGUCACCCGGUUUGGGUAGUUGACCACAUUAUCAGAAGGAGGUGUUGAUUUGAACAAAACAAAAUUAUGAUAAACAUUGAGAUGGUAUAAGAGUGAGGAGUUGUUUAGCAAGAGAAUAAAGAACAAAUCCAUAAAUGAUUCUGUCCAUUAGUGGAUAAAUUGUAGUUUUUCAUCGUUGGAUAUCCUGCUGCAAAGCAUGUAUGUUUCUUAUAUGUCAAGUAGUCAUCUUUGAACGAUUGAGUAUCUUCACUUUCGUAUCACGAGUAGAUAUUACGUUCAUUUUGAAGAAUGUUUAUGAUCAUCUCUCUGGUAUAACACUGAACGUAAAGGGCCUACGUGAACACACAGUUUACAUACUACAAUGAAUAAAUUAGCCUUUGAAGAAAUGUAUCAGAACCAAAGAGUAUCACAACAGCUUUCCCCUAACUAGCAUACGUAACAUGUUUAUACCAAAUACACUAGUUAGAGGAAUAUGCGAUUCAUAGCACCCUUAUUAGCAUAGGUGCUGUAAACGUUUCUGUAACUUUAAUAAAAGCACAACAUCCAUCCUAUUCAUGAGUAAUCCAUUUACAUUGUUUUCAAUCCAAGAUUUGAGGUAGACCAGUCAUUCAAGUCAUGGGAAUCUCAUGGACCAAAGAUCAUCAAAGCCUCCUUCUAAACAAUGAAAGAGCGCAUUUAAAUGAACGUCACCCAAUACUAUGAGCCUACCGACGACCACAAUGAAUACGCUAAGGAUCAACUCUACGAUAGGCUGGAGUCAAUCAUCGAGAAGUUCUCAACAAAUAAUUUGACCAUUUUGAUGGGAGAUUUAAAUGCCAAGGUUGGAACGGACAACACCGGUUAUGAAGACGUCGUGGGAAGACACGGACUGGGAGAACGGAAAGAAGAUGGUGAGAGAUUUGCAAACCUAUUUGCCUUCAAUAAACUGGUCAUAGGCGGCACUAUGUUCCCCAUAAACAAAUUCACACAACCACAUGGACCUCACCGAAUCCCACCACGCAAAACCAAAUCAACCAUAUUUGCAUCAAUAAAAAGUUCAGUAGGAAGAUUGAGUACGUGAGAAACAAGAGAGGAGCUGAUAUAGCAUCAGAUCAGCACUUGCUGGUCGCCAAGAUGAAGUCGAAACUGAAGAAGCGCUGGACAACGGGGAGAACAGUAUCACAAACUUUCAAUACGGCUUUGCUUCAGUAUACUGACAAACUCAACAAAUUCAAGAUAAUCCUCAGCAAUAAGUGCCAGGCGUUUCAUGAUCUACUCAGUGGAGAAGCAACUACUGUGGAGAGCAACUAGAAGGGGGUCAUAGAGACAAUCAGUUCAAUAUGCCACGAGGUUCUGGGCCACAAGAAGCACCAUCACAAGGAAUGGGUCACUGUUGAUACGCUGGAUAAGAUUCAAGAAAUGAGAAACAUGAAGGCAGCAAUCAAUACCAGACGAACAAGAGCAGAGAAAGCCAAGGCACAAGCUGAAUACGUAGAAGUAAACAAGCAAGUGCAGAGAAGCAUCAGAACCGGCAAACUUUAAUAUGUGGAAGAUUUAGCAAUGACGGCGGAAAAAACUGUAAGAGAAGGAAACAUGAGACAACUGAAUGACGCGACAAAGAAACUGUAAACCGUAAAACAGAACGACCAGUGAAAAGCAAGGAAGGCGAGGUAAUCACCAACAUUGAAGAGCAACAAAACAGGUGGGUAGAACACUUCAAAGAACUCUUGAAUCGACCAGCUCCACUGAACCCACCCAACAUCGAAGCAGCACCCACGGACCUCCGAAUCAAUGUUGGCCAACCAACAAUUGAAGAAAUCAGCAUGGCCAUCAGACAAAUCAAGAGUGGCAAAGCAGCAGGACCGGAUAACAUACCAGCAGAGGCACUAAAAGCAGACGUAGCGGCAAGUGCAAGGAUACUCCGCAUUCUCUUCAAUAAGAUUUGGGAUGGGGAACAAUGACCAACAGACUGGAAAGGAGGACUUCUGGUCAAAAUAUCUCAGCAACUGUGAUAACUACAGGGGCAUCACUCUUCUCUCAACACCGGGAAAAGUAUCCAACAGGGUAUUGGUAAACAGGAUGAACGACUGCGUAGACGCCCAACUUCGUGACCAACAGGCAGGAUUCCGUAAGGAUAGAUCGUGUACAGACCAAAUCGCAACUCUACGGAUCAUUGUGGAACAAUCAAUUGAAUGGAAUUAAUCACUCUACAUCAACUUCAUCGACUACGAAAACGCAUUUGAUAGCGUGGACAGAACAACACUAUGAAAGCUUCUUCGACACUACGGCGUCCCUCAGAAGAUACUCAAUAUCAUACAGAAUUCCCAUGAUGGAUUAAACUGCAAGAUCGUGCAUGGAGGAUAGUUGACAAAGUCGUUCGAAGUAAAGACCGGUGUCAGGCAAGGUUGCUUACUCUCAACCUUUCUCUUUCUCUGGGUGAUCGAAUGGAUGAUGAGGACGUCAACAUCUGAAGGGAAGCACGGGAUACAAUGGACAUCUAAGAUGCAGUUGGACAAUCUAGACUCCUCAAAUGAUCUGGCCCUUCUAACCCAAACGCAACAACAAACGCAGGAUAUGGCGACCAGUAUAGCAGCAGCCUCAGCAGCAGUAGGUCUCAAUAUACACGAAGGGAAAAGCAAGAUUCUCCGAUACAACACAACAUGCAUCAAUCGAAUCACAAUUGACAGAGAAGCUUUAGAAGAUGUAAAAACAUUUACAUAUUUGGGCAGUAUCAUUGAUGAACAUGGUGGAUUUGAUGCAGAUGUGAACGCGCAGAUCGGUAUAGCAAGAGCAGUAUAUUUACAACUGAAGGACAUAUGGAAAUCAAAACAACCCAACCAACAACAAGGUUAGAAUUUUCAAUACAAAUGUCAAGACAGUUCUACUGUAUGGAGUGGAUACUUGGAGAACUACGAAAGCCAUCAUACAAAAUAUACAGGUGUUUAUUAACAGCUAUCUUCGCAAAAUACUUCGGAUCCGUUGGUCGGACACUAUGAGCAACAACCUACUGUGGGAGAGAACAAACCAGAUCCCAGUGGAGGAAGAAAUCAGGAAGAAGUGCUGGAAGUGGAUAGGACACACAUUGAAAAAAGCACUCAACUGCGUCACAAGACAAGCCCUCACAUGGAAUCCUCAAGGUCAAAGAUAAAGAGUAAGACCAGAGAAUAUAUAACGCCGGGAAAUGGAGAUAGACGUGAGAAAAACUAACAAGAAUUGGAUGGCAUUAAAAAAGAAGGUCCAGAACAGAGUGUGUUGGAGAAUGCUAGUCGUCGGCCCAUGCCCCAUUAGGAGUAACAGGCGUGUGUAAGUAAGUAAGUAAGUAAGUAUGUAAGUGAGUAUUAGUUCAAGCUGAUAUAGAACAAACCCUGGCAUCAAUAUAUGCAGAUAUGUCCCACUCUCCACAAGGUAAAAUAAAGAGAGGUGAAUCAAAUUCACCUAAUCCGAUAUGAGAUAAAAGCGAUUGAAUUGAUUUGUCUUCCAAAUGUACAAACUGACUUAAUCACAUACAGUCAUGUUUGAGUAUUGUUUAAUAAAAAUGUGAUGUUGAAUUGUCGAAGUGAAUUCACUGAAUCAUCUUCUUGUUUUCAGUAUUAUACGAUCGGUGUUUACAUAGGUGCGCAAAUACUAUUGUUCAUUGUGAGUUAAAUUGAUGUUCAUUUUUUGUUGAUAGAAUAAUCAUUUUGAAGUAAAAGUGAACUGUUUGUCUCAAAUGAAUUCUACAUUGCCUUAUUGAGGUUUCUACUGAAAAUGACUCACACAUGAUAUGGUUCAAUGUGAACAGACAUCGAUAUUCUGAGUGAUAUGUGGUUUUGAUGACAAGCUGUAAUAACUAAUGGAGUCGAACACGUGUCUGAUAGAGAUAGGUAUCUAAUUCAGACAAUGGAUGAUGUGUUGUGCAACCAUUCAUUGAUCGAUAGAAGUUAGACAUUUACACCGUUACAUACCAGGUCAGUGGAAUAGAGAGUAAGCGUUCGCGAGCAAGACCUAAGGUUCGAAUGGUGCAUGCGGGAUAGGGGAUACGCACUGCUGAGUAGUUCCACAAUAAGACAAAACUGUUUUCCAAUGCUUCCAGGAUCUCCAAUUGUGGUCUAAUAUCAAUCGUUUGAUGAUCUCGAUCGAAAUGUAUAGCGUGAAUACAUCACAUUUUUCCGAUCAACUCCGUAUUCUCAUUACUCUAUCGGAACUUAUAAAUAAGGGAAGGAUUGCUUUAAAUUGCAACAGGGUUCAACAGUCGUAUGUACCUACAUCACAGAGUUGGGUUCACUUGGAGACUCGAACCCUGAUAGCCACUUGCCUGGGUGUGUCCUGGAUUCCACUACCAAACACUAUUCAUCUUCGCUUGUAAUACUUGUGAAGUGAGGCAAUAUCGAGACAAUCCUCGCAUAAUGCAGAUAUUUCACUAAAAAGAGAGACUGAUCAAAUACAGUCGUAAACAUCAAUGAUAAGAUUCAAGUAAACAAUAUUAAAUAAACUUCACUUAUAAUUUCAGUUGCAGAUCUCUACUCAUGUCAUUUUCGAUAAUAUUUCUUACAUAAGAAAUUACACAAGAAAUAUUAUCACUUAUUCUAAUUUGGUCAUCGAAUUAUGCAUACGAAAUCCAAAUUGAUGAAUGUUUUAAACAGUUAAAUUCAUGAGUCGAUCUAGAAUAGAUAACUAUUGAAAACAUGGAAGCACUGAAUAGUCGUUUCGCCCUCGUAUGAAGCUCUUUAACAGUACUCAUCUACGAUCGCAAACACAGAACUCCAAACUAGGACCUACGAUCCCACACGUGAACACUUAACUACUAGAUAACUGAGGCCGCAUGUUUAUGGUUGUGUACUAUGAAGAGUUCCAUAAUACGACAAAAUGACCGGCAGUGUUUCUAGGAUUUCAAUGGUGCAUCUAAUUUAGAUAGAAUCGUCAAGUCAAGCAUUCACAUUACUACAAUCUUCAAUGUGUUAUUUAUUUUACAGUUCACAAUAUUUCUAAGUUAUUUAACUGUUGGCAAAUCAAGAUAUCUUCUCUUAUAUCCAAAUUAUGCAUUGGCAUCUAUAUUAUUAUAUACCAUAUUCUUUUCGACUUUAUCAAUCAAUACGGAUAUCAUUAAUGUCAACAAGACUGAAAGUUCUAUAUUCCAGUUCCAAUUAACAGAACAUUGAAUUUGAACACUGGAUUGAAGAGAACCUUCUGGCUUUUGUGGUUGUUGUUGACUUAAUAUGGGAUCAAUCAAAAACUUGUUUGUUUGUGUGCAAACUGAUUUCAUGUGUUUAUUUUUGUCCUAAUGGAUAACUAUGUAACGUGUAUAAAGUGAUUUCAAUAAUUGUUAUCCAUCUUCAGUGUUGAUUACUUUACCUAGAUGAAGAACAUAUGAAAAGUAUCAUUGUCAUUAGAAUAGUUAUUAAAUGGGAGAUUUAUUGUUUUGAUCUUUAUUUGUGCCCACUAAUGUCAACUUGAAAUUCUCUCUGUUACGUAAUCACACAUUGUGCUAAAAUGUUACAUUACAGCUCUGUGUAACUUUGGAAAAAUAUAUCCAUUGUGGAGCAUUAUUGAAGCAAGUCCGACUCGUCCUGUGUUCGAAUCUCAGGAGGCCGGAUCGUGAAUGUGCCCAACUGGGAAUACCACAUUAGAACGAAUCAGUCGUUCAAUGAAUCCACGUAUUCCUCGCUGGUCUAGCUUCAAUUGUCUCGUACAUUCAACUAUCAAAUACAUAUGAGCUUUUCAUUCAUCACUAAAAUGUUCUAAUAAACAUUCAAAGUAACUCCUAUACUACAAUGUUCAUAUGAAUCUAGUAAAACCUAUAACUCAUUCAGAACUAAGUGAUCUAUUCUUCUAGGAUGUUUCAAGUAAAUCAGUAUGGUUAGUUACUAACGCAUAUUGAAGAAAAAUAAGUAUGACAAACCACGGGACUGAAAAAUCAAAAUACGGAAAUAUUUAAGCUCAUCGUUUGAAAACCAC